AUUGGAAGAGACCAACUCUUCUGUAUAAUAGAAAAUUUAUUGAAUAUGUUGUGCGCUGCUUGCCCGGCUAUUGCGUCUAUUAAUCUCAGCUGCCCAGAAAAAUGGCUUCAAGAGGGGCGUUAAAGAGGUGCGCAACAGUAUUCGACGCCGUCAAAAACGAUGAUUCGGGAGAAGAAAAUUUGGAGGUAGCUUCAGAGGAAGAAAUGGAAGCACAAAAGGAGGAAGAAGAAGUUAUGGAUUAUAAGGAGCCAACUAUGUAUGAUAGUUUGUUGGAGUCAUUGUGCUCAUUUCACUCUCAUUUGGAUCACAAGUUAUCCAAAGAAGAGGUUGACAAGCUAGAGAAAAAGAAAUGGACUUACAAAUGGGUGGUAGCCAUGUCAAAUUACAAAUGGAGGGGGACAGGCGAGUGUUUUCUGAAGGAGUUGGACAGAUACUUGUUUCAUGGCUUGAAGCCAACACUAUACAAGCAUUGGUUAGGUAUCUAUGAGAAGUCUGGAGGGGCAGAAUUUGAUUCAUCAAAGCAGAGAUUAUUUUUCUCCAUCUGCAACAGCUACCGGGAUAUUCUGCACCACAACAAGAAACCCUUCUAUCUCAAAGGUCUAGAAGAAGAUUCAAGUACCAUGGAUGCUUAUAUUAUGCAUUCUCUCAAUCAUAUCUUUAGAACCAGGGAUCUUGUAAAGAAGAACGAAGCAAAACUAGCUAAGCUUCAGGAGAAUGUGAAAGCAGAUGUCCUUAACAAUGAAGCCUUUUUUGACCGUGGGUUUACUCGCCCUAAGGUUUUGAUCCUUCUCCCUCUAGCAAGUGUUGCAUUUCGGGUGGUCAAGCGGCUGAUCGAUUUGACACCCCCUAAAUACAAGUCUAAUGUAGAGGAGCGUGAACGUUUCUAUAGCGAAUUCGGAGCUGGAGUUAGCGAAGACAAGGAGGCUGAAGAUGUUGCGGAAAUGUCUGAAUCAAAAAGGAACUCAAAACCAUCUGAUUUUCAAACAUUAUUUGGGGGAAAUAACAAUGAUCAUUUCAUGAUUGGAAUUAAAUUCACUAGGAGGAGCAUAAGAUUGUAUGGUGACUUCUACUCGUCAGACAUGAUUGUUGCUUCCCCUCUUGGCUUAGUCACUAAAAUUGGGGAGGCAGAAUUAUACAAGGAUAAAAAUGUUGAUUAUAUGUCUUCCAUAGAGGUUCUAAUUGUUGACCACGCAGAUGUCAUACUGAUGCAGAAUUGGUCACACGUGAAUACAAUUGUUGAACAAUUAAAUCGGAUACCUUCCGAGCAGCAUGGGACAGAUAUUAUGCGCAUUAGGCAGUGGUAUUUAGACGGUCAAGCGCCAUUCUACCGGCAAUCAAUAAUCUUAUCUUCUCAUAUAAAUCCAGACAUCAAUGGGUUAUUCAACCAUCAUUGCCUCAACCAUGAAGGAAAGGUCAAAUUGGCAAGCGAGUAUAAAGGUGUUUUACCAAAGGUAGUACUUCAAAUACAGCAGAUUUAUGAGCGGUUUGAUGCGAAUACUGCAGAAGAUGCUGAUGAUGCCCGGUUUGAUUAUUUCACCAGAAAGGUAUUCCCCAAGAUAAAGGAUUCCACCCAGGGUGGUAUAAUGCUAUUUAUUAGCUCUUAUUUUGAGUUUAUCCGAGUAAGGAACUUUUUGAAGUCACAAGAGGCAUCCUAUUGUUUAUUGGGAGAGUACACUGAGCAGAGAGACAUAUCUCGUGCACGAGUGUGGUUUUUCGAUGGAAAGAAGAAAAUUAUGCUUUACACUGAAAGAGCUCACUUCUAUCACCGAUAUAAGAUACGUGGCAUUCAGAACUUGAUCAUUUAUUCACUCCCAGAGCGGAAAGAAUUUUACUCAGAGGUUGUAAAUAUGCUACAAGGGUCGUCUUGCACUGUUCUAUUUUCUCAUUUUGACCAGCUUCGGCUUGAGCGGAUUGUUGGUACUGCUGCUGCUAAAAGGAUGGUCACGUCGGACAAGGAUGUUUGUGUCUUUUGUUAACAGGGAAGUCACAAAAAAAUUUCAACAAAAACUGUUUGGCAAAAGGGUCCAACAGUUUCUCCAGCUCAAGGAAUUGGUUCUUGCCAGAAAUCUUAUUUAAUAUAUUCUUUGAGCAAUGUUUGGUUAAUCAAUUUUGUUUCCUUUUGAAAUUGUGAUACUAGCAAAAUUAUUCAAAUUCCAGAAACAUAAAAAUGAACUUUUUCUUUUCGA